AUGCACGUGAUGUUUUGCAACAUGUCCACCGUCUCUGCAGUCUCAUUGAACCUCAUAAAGAAAACUACACCUUUUUCUCCAUUAAUCUCAACCAUAGCCAAACCAUCAUCUGUGUCUCAAUCUUCCAAUGCCAUCUCUCUCAAAGAAAUCAACCCUAUCCACGGCUGCCCAGCUUCAAUCUCUCUAAUUUCCGGCCAAAUGCGUCACCACCAAUCUGACGUGCCUCUAAGAACUCCGCCGGAGUUUCCCUCGGAGCCACCCGAGCACAAUCCCGCUGUGCCUCCGGAGGUGCUUUGGACCCCUAAUGUUCCGGACUACGACCCAAUUCCGCCAGAAAAGCCUGCUGAUACUCCACCUCUGUCUCCAGGGCCGACGCCUGAUUUUCUGGGGUCACCGAUGCCAUCGACGCCGCCUCCUGACAUUCCGCUGCCACCGAUGCCGUCGCGGCCGCCUCCUGACAUUCCGCAGCCGCCGAUGCCUUCGUGGCCAGGUCCCGACAUCCCGCAGGGGCCGCCGGAUGUGUUUCCGCCACGCGCUCCUGAUUUUAUCCCUCCGAAGCCACCUGAUGUUGGGCCACCAGACCCACAGUCGCCGGAAAUUCCACCACCGGUGUGUGACUAG